CAGGCGCGCGCUCUCCGCUAGAUGAGGCGCAGAGAGACACUUUCCCCGGGAUAAGUGUGGGGAAGGCUGAUUGGGGGGCUCAUCCGGCUCCAACGCCCGAGGCUCCGAAAACAGAGAGUUGGCGGAGGGAGCGGACUCAGUGCGGGGCCAUGGCCUAGGCCCUUCGGCCCCGGCCCCGGCCGCAAUGACCUCUUUGCCCUGCCCCCUCCCUGGCCCGGACGCCUCCAAAGCCGUCUUCCCGGACAUCGCCCCCGUCCCAUCGGUAGUGGCUGCCUACCAGCUUGGCCUGUCCCCCGCAACCGCAGCCGCCUCCGAUUUGCCCUAUUCUGGGCCGUAUGGCCACGUCUUGCCCUAUCCCUACACUGGGCCGGCGACCCCCGGAGACUCCUACCUGCCCUGCCAGCUACCCACGGCGCCGUCUCAGCAGUCUCAUCAAGAGCGGGAGCCAGACUCGGAGAAGCCGCCGCUGUCCCCGGAGCCCUCGGAGCGGCGCCCGCAGGCCUCGACCAAGAAGCUCCGGAAACCGAGGACCAUCUAUUCGAGUCUGCAGCUGCAGCACCUGAACCAGCGUUUCCAGCACACGCAGUACCUGGCUCUGCCCGAGAGGGCCCAGCUGGCCGCGCAGCUCGGCCUCACCCAGACACAGGUAAAGAUCUGGUUUCAGAACAAACGUUCCAAGUACAAGAAGCUCCUGAAGCAGAACUCUGGGGGACAGGAAGGGGACUUCCCUGGGAGGUCCCCCUCCCUGUCUCCCUGUUCCCCACCCCUUCCAUCCCUCUGGGAUCUACCCAAGGCAGGGGCCCUGCCCACCAGUGGCUAUGGCAACAACUUCGGAGCCUGGUAUCAGCAUCACUCCCCUGAUGUCCUGGCUCCACCUCAGAUGAUGUGAAUCUGGGGAAGAGCGGGUCAGGCUCCCAGCCCUCCUAUAGCGCCCAGGCAGGACCCAGCCCACCUGCACCCCUUCUGGGCCAGGAGGAAGCCAGAUCCAGAUGGGUUUUCUCAGGAGGAUGAGGAGCUAGAGGAGAAAAAUGAUGGGGUGGAGUCCUUUCCUCCUUGCCUCAUAACCCAAACAGCCUUGGCCAUUGCCCCCACCCCCACCAAGGACUGGACACCUUCCCUCCAGCUGGUCAGAGGCUCUGGAGAGAGACUCAUUGGCUGGAGUUCAGACUUCCCAGUACCCCUAGUCUUGCCACUCCUUCUUGAAAGGACUGCAGUCCCACCACAGCCUGGGGUUCAACCAGCAACAAACACUGAGUGUUUUUUCUCUUUGUGUGCCUUGGGCCCUGCCCAACCCACUGGUGAGUAAAAGCAGAAGUGAAGUGGACAUCCAGAGUCUUCAAGCUGACCACCAUCGAGACCCACCCACUGAUUUUUACCCCCAUAACUGAUACACCUACUCACCAUUCUAUGAUGUAGAUGGGAUGGAGUAGAGUUUUGUGCACCUAUGGGUAAUUUUUACUCUCUUCCUAAAAAAGCCCCUUUUCCCCAUGUCUACCCACUAUAAGUAGAUAAUGGAUCCAAUUGCCCAUUUAGUUCAAUGAGUAUUUAUUAAGAGUCUGAUUCGUAUCCCUAAUACCUAAACAAAUCCACAUGUACGCACUCUCUGGAACCCAGCAGGGUAACACUUUGUGGAGAAUGGGGACAAAUGUAGGUAGACGUGCCCCCAAAUAUGUGGGGUAAGCCCAGCAAUUUAGCUCCUCACAGCUGUCUCUGUCGAAUAGAACUGCUCAUAUUUAUAACCAAUCUGACUAGCAGCCCCCAAAGCUCUUACCAUCCCCCAUAUCAUGAGCAUCCAGAGAUUAAAGUUUGCAUAGAAACCUGGGCCUUGGCUGUGAGGUAUGUUCAUGUCAUGACUUCUGGAGCCGAGGGGUGAUUGCUCAGCUUUCUCUUCUCUCCCAUCUGACUCUUCCAGCACUGAACUAGAGGCACUGGAUCCUCCUCUACCACUACCUGGCUAUCCAGUUCUAGCUCUGGAAUGUUCUAGUAAUAUCCGUAUUUUCAGACACUCUAGUGUGAAACCAGAAGAUGCUAAUACAGGGAAUGAUCAAAGUCUGAGUGAUCCUCACAGCAAAUUCUCUCCUGGCCCAGUUCUGGGGGGAGCCAGGCACUUCACAGCCCCCUGGGCCUACCUUCAGCCCAGGGAGAGCCCCUGCUCACCUUGGGAGAGGCCACACCUACUGACCCAGUCCAGUCCUCCCCUGGGAGAAGUGAGCUCCUUGGGGUGGAAAGGCCCCAAGUCACCUAGUGGAAGGGGGAGCAGGAGGGAGAGGAGAAGGAAAACCCCAGAAGGAACUGGACUUCUCCAUCCAACGAACAUUUGUAGAGCCCCUGCUCUGUGUUAGAUCCUGGGGAUAUCAAGGUGACCUAGGCAGACCCUGUGGGCUAACA